CCUGCUUCUAUUCUUCUUAAACACCCCCUUUUUUUGGGCUGAUUUUUAUAUUAUAUUAUUUAUAUAUAUUUAUAUAUAUAUAUAAAUAUCACCCUUAUGACAGAGAGACAAGUACACUGGACUUCCGACAGUCCUGAGGACCCAAUGUUGAAAAAUAAACCUCAUCCAGCAGCAUUAGGAUUUGACAAGCAAAGUAAUAUGAAUGGUCAUUGGACUUUUCCUCCACAACAUACAGUACCUCUUCCUGGACAACAACCUGGACAACAUCCAUAUGAAGAGGAUGAAUAUGAUGAAGACGGUUAUAGUGACUAUUACGAUGACGAAGAAGACGAAGAUGAAGAACGUGGUAUAGAAGAAGAUGAAACUGCUUUCAACCUAUUGUAUUCUCGGCAUCAAUCACUCUCAGCUCCAGAAAUUACACAUGAACGACUCGAAUGGCAGCAAAUGCUUCAAUCUGUCCUAAUGGGUGAAGUCAUCAAAUCUGAGAAGAAGAGACUUUCCAACAAUGAUCGCUUCCAUCCUCAAAACUUAACACAAGAAAUAUGGCUUUCCUUACGUGCUUUAUUACGAGGGCGUACGAUUGUUCAGGAGCAACGUUAUCUUGAAGAAGGAAGAAAAGAUAUUGAUAACGUUUUAAAUAUGGUCAUGGACUUUAAAGUACAAGAAUUUGACGAUGUUGGUAAUGACUCAAUGGAUAGCGUCAACAGUAUAAACAAGAAUAGAAAACUCAGCGCACUUGAUCAAGUAGCAAACGUACUAAAGAAUGUUGAUCGGAUUGAAUCACUCUAUACGACACGUGCUGAAAUGACAGCAGCUAAUCCUCAAUAUGGGUCACUUGCCUUCCAAACUCGAUUAGAUGCAUUGAAUUCUUGGUGCACCAUCACACGAAGUUUACAAAUGCAAUAUAAAAUUUUACGUGAUUGGACGGGUUCGGAUGAUUUACAGAUUGCUCGCACGACCACAACUACCUCUACUACAGAUCAAACUGGUGAUGCUAGUACUGACACAUUGGAUGACAAGCUGGAUGAAGGUAGCACAAGUGGCCUGUUACAUGUACAACGUACCAAUCCAUCUUUUGUUGAACGAUUACUCAAAGAACAAGCACUUCAAGAUACAUUUGACAAACGAACACUAUCAGCACUUAAUUCUUUAUUGAUGAAAGCUAAACAAACCAUGGUAGCAAACAGUCGUAUCUUUAAGGAAAUGAACUUGCCUCCUUUCACCCAACAGUUGCGUCGAUUAGCCAACUUCCCUACUUCUCUUGUAGUUGAAGCACUUAAAUUACGUUUAGAAUACAAGGAUCGAAUGAAUGAACCCCCAAAACAAAUGGUGGAUGCCAUGAUGGAAGAUUACCGUGGAUUACUGUCCCUGGCUUGCCGUGUCAAACAUCAAUAUGAAGAACUGACUCAACCCAUGUUAGGCUGGCAACCGAAACAUCACAUGUUUAUGGAACGUGAUUACGAUACUGUACUUAUGGAAAGUGUCCGCUUUUACUUUAAAUUGAUCUCAUGGAAAUUAAGUUUGGAGCAAGAGAACAACCUACGAGAAUGUGAAGUCAUGGAAAGAGAAUGGGACUUUUUGAAAAACACUGUAUGUAAAGCCGUCGAUAAAGCUGAUUGGGAAUGUGCUGAACAAUUUUGCUCAUUGACAAAUCGAUUGCUGGGUGAUGUGAUGCGUGAUUAUAUUGCUAGUUUGAAGGUACCUUCUGAAGCAGUCGUUGGAGGAAUAGAAGUGAAAUAUACAAAACUUCUUCAUACCAUGCGUAUGCGAGCUCGUAAAUUAUUACAAUUUGCAAGAUUUUUUAUGGGUCAAUUUGAAAAUGCAGCAGAAUAUGUAUUAGAUACUGAUCAUGUGGAAACAGUGAUCAAUCAAUUGGUAUUAUCUGGUCAUUUUUUGGUUUAUACGAACAGUUUUGAAGAAGAACGAUUGUAUAUAGUAGCAUCACGUACCUUAUAUGGAAGGGAGGAAAAAAUCCGAAGUCUUGUUCGUGCUUGCUUUGCUGAUGACAAAAAUGCACCAAGUACACCAAGUACCCCUGGAUCAAUGAAUGGGCAGCCUGAAGAAGAUUAUAUCUUAAUUCUUUCUCCUUGGCAGAACGUGAUGUGGACUGGAGAAAUGGUGGAGAUCAAAAUUCCAUUUAUUCAUUUAGGAUUGAAACCAAAGCGUAUGAGACUCGUUACUGGAGAUGCUAGACAUUUGGCAGCAGCAAGAACAACUUUUUGGAAUACAAUGGUACAAGCUGGAAAUACAGUCAGUGGAGGAGGGAUUAGUGGUACUAUUGGAAGCAAUCAUGCGACAGGAUCGUCAAUGCCUGUUACCCCAUCAGGAGCAAUAACAUCAUCAGCUGGUAUCGAACUGAUUCAAGAACAUCGCGCUCAUAUUCCCAAGAUUAACAAGGAAUUAUACAAGAUCAAGAUGACAGUAUUCAAACUUGCAGAUUCAACCAUCAGUAGCGUCAGUACUAUUCACGAACAAACUUUAAAUUUGGGUUGUCAAGAAUUAGUAGAAGAAUGUUUCAGUUUUGCUAGCGAUUUUGGCAUACGUGCGGCACGAUUUUUAGAAUUGGCUGUGCGCUUGCAAUUGGAUCUGAAAUUAGUACGACUUGCAAUCGAUUGGAUCUGUUUUAUUACGGAUGAUUGUAAUCCUACGGAUCGUAAAACAUUUCGUUGGGCAGUAGCAGCUUUGGAAUUUGGACAUUUGAUGACUCGAGGGAUGAAUAUUCUAGCUCUCAAUGAAACUGAAUUUAGUACACUCCAAGGCAAGGUGGCACGUUGUAUAGCAUUAUUGAUCUCCCAUUUUGACGUUUUGGGUACACAAUGGUCGCACGAAUUACAACUCAAGGAAGAACAACAACGUAAACGAGGAAUCACUGCAAAACGCAACUCUUAUAUAACUUCAAAAGCAGAUGAAAAGCAGGACAACAUUACUACAAGCUCCACUUUUGGUGUGACCAAUGAUGCUGUCUCUUCUGGUACUUCUUUAGGUGUUACUUAUAUACGUGAUGAAUGGAUGCGAAAAAUCAAUGAAUUGGAAAAACAACGAAACGAAGAUGAACAAGCGAGACGAGUGGUGGGAAAAAGACUGGAUGAUCAAAAACCUGAAGAUCAAUCUUUAGUUUUUCUUGCACCUUCUUCUUCCAAUAUUUCUUUUCGCUGGCAACAAGGUCGAUUUAUUGGUGCAGGAACUUAUGGUUCUGUUUAUUUGGCGAUCAAUUUGGAUACUUCAUCAGUAAUGGCAGUCAAAGAAAUUCGAUUUCCUGACUCUAGUUCAUUAUCAGCUCUUCAUAAAGCUAUCAAGGAAGAAAUGCAAGUCAUGGAAAUGCUACAUCAUCGUAACAUUGUGCAAUACUAUGGCAUGGAAGUGCAUCGAGAUAAAGUCUUCAUUUUUAUGGAAUACUGUGAAAAUGGUAGUUUGGGGACUUAUUUGGAACAUGGUGGAAGAAUUGAAGAUGAAAUUUAUAUUGUGGAUUAUACGUACCAGCUAUUGAGUGGAUUGGUCUAUUUACAUGGAAAUAAUAUUGUUCAUCGUGAUAUCAAACCUGACAAUAUCUUGAUUGAUUAUCAAGGUCAAUUGAAAUUGUCCGAUUUUGGUGCAGCCAAGAUUUUAGCCAAAGGACAAAAGACUAUGGGUAGAACAAGUAUACAUAUGAAUGUGAAUAGUUUGGCGGGUACACCUAUGUAUAUGGCACCCGAGGUAAUCACAGGUGGGGACACUGGACGUAAAGGAUCAAUGGAUAUUUGGUCUUUAGGUUGUUGUAUCGUGCAAAUGGCAACUGGACGAAGACCUUGGAGUACUUUAGAAAAUGAAUGGUCUGUGAUGUAUCACGUUGUCACAGGUCAUCCACCAUUACCUGAUGCAUCUCAAUUAUCCGAACUUGGUAUUGACUUUUUGAAAAAAUGCUUUACUCGGAAUCCAGUUCAUCGUCCAAGUGCUUCGGAAUUACUAUUUCAUCCAUGGAUUGAGAAAUAUUUGGAAAGUUACAAUGAUGAAUCAGUACUUGCAUAUAAUCAAGACAAUGGUGGAUCCAGUUCUAUUACAACCACAACAAAUUCUGCGGAUCAACAUCAUACGCCUUGGCAGAGUAUUGGGACCGAAAAUGGAUCAAGAUCUAUAAAAUCUUUCGAUAGGUCUUCUAUCAAUAGAAGUUUACCAAAAAAUACAGAUUUGACCAGUGUAUCAUCCUCUCCUGCUAACACUACGUCUGAUUCUAUUAAAGAUUAGAUAUCGUUGUUUCGUUGUUAUCUGGUUCUCAUUUUCAUCUCUCAUACUAUUAUUCAUUUUCAUCAUCAUUG